UUCCGGUUCAUGUCGGCGCUGGGCUGGCGCGGAGGAGCAGCGCGGCCAUCUUGCCUCGUCCGGGAGCGGCGGCGGGGCGGGCGGGGGGCAGGCAGAGACAGAGAGGGAGCGGCGGGCGGGCACCCACCGAGCGUCCGCAGCCCGCGGGGCGCCGGCCUUCUCAGAGCCUGGGGCGGGCCGCGAUGCGAGCGGCGGCGCGGUGAAGCGGGGCCGCGGCGGGGGAAGGAGAGGGCAGCCCCCCGAGCGGCGGGCCUGCGCUAGCCGUGCCCCGGCAGCAGCGGAGAGAAGCCGGGCUGCGCGGCGCCCCGCUGCCGCCUCCUGCCGCCCGCCCUGCGCUCACCCCCUCCCCUCCCGGAGCCGCUCCCUCGCCGCCUCCCUUUCCCUGGCUCCAUCCCUUCCCUCGGCUCCAUCCCUUCCCCGCUGGAUGAGGCGGCCCCCUGCCCGCUGCUGACCCCUGCGGACCCCGGCUGUAGGAUGAGCCCGAAGGACUCGGAGGGGGCGAGGCCGCUCCGCUCCCCGAGGAGGAUCUAGUGGGGGGGCACCGACGCGACGCCGCCCCCCGCCAGGCACCUCGUCCUUCAUGGUGGCUCCCUGCGACCACCAUCUCGGAGCAGACGCGCAGCCCGGGGCCCGUGUGUGUGUCUGUGCGCGCCGCCGCCGCGGCCGCCCGAGUGAGGGAAAAUGUCCACUCGGACUCCAUUGCCCACGGUGAACGAGCGCGACACCGAGAAUGAUGUCGGCUCAUCAUUGGGGGAAGGCUUUUGCGAAAAGCACACGUCCCAUGGAGACGGACGGCAGGAAGUUUCCUCUCGGACUGGGCGCUCUGGAGCUCGCUGCAGGAACUCCAUAGCCUCCUGUGCUGAUGAGCAGCCACAUAUUGGAAAUUACAGACUCCUUAAAACGAUUGGAAAGGGGAAUUUUGCAAAAGUGAAGCUGGCAAGGCACAUCCUAACUGGCAGAGAGGUUGCCAUAAAAAUAAUUGACAAAACACAGCUGAACCCAACUAGUCUACAAAAGCUCUUUAGAGAAGUAAGAAUAAUGAAGAUCUUAAAUCAUCCAAAUAUAGUGAAGCUAUUUGAAGUCAUUGAAACUGAAAAAACUCUCUAUUUAAUAAUGGAAUAUGCAAGUGGGGGGGAGGUGUUUGACUAUCUGGUUGCACAUGGAAGAAUGAAGGAAAAGGAGGCAAGAGCUAAAUUUAGACAGAUAGUAUCUGCAGUGCAGUAUUGCCAUCAAAAGCAUAUUGUUCAUAGAGAUCUCAAGGCUGAAAAUCUAUUGCUAGAUGCAGAUAUGAACAUUAAAAUAGCUGACUUUGGUUUUAGCAAUGAGUUUACAGUUGGAAAUAAACUGGACACCUUUUGUGGCAGCCCACCAUAUGCUGCUCCAGAGCUCUUUCAAGGGAAGAAAUAUGAUGGACCUGAAGUAGAUGUUUGGAGUUUAGGUGUUAUUCUUUAUACUCUCGUGAGUGGAUCUCUUCCUUUCGAUGGACAGAACUUAAAGGAACUUAGAGAAAGAGUGCUAAGGGGAAAAUACAGGAUUCCUUUCUACAUGUCCACAGACUGUGAAAACCUCCUCAAACGUUUCCUGGUGCUAAACCCAACAAAAAGAGGCACUCUAGAGCAAAUUAUGAAGGACAGGUGGAUCAAUGCAGGGCAUGAGGAGGAUGAACUUAAACCUUUUGUUGAACCAGAACUAGACAUCUCGGACCAGAAAAGAAUAGAUAUUAUGGUAGGAAUGGGAUAUUCUCAAGAGGAAAUUCAAGAAUCCCUUAGUAAAAUGAAGUAUGAUGAAAUCACAGCUACAUACUUACUGCUAGGAAGGAAGUCAUCAGAGUUGGAUGCAAGUGAUUCAAGCUCCAGCAGCAAUCUUUCACUUGCCAAAGUUAGGCCAAGUAGUGAUCUUAAUAAUAGCACUGGACAAUCUCCUCAUCACAAAGUUCAGAGAAGCAUAUCUUCUAGCCAGAAGCAGCGGCGGUACAGUGAUCACGCUGGACCAUCCAUCCCCUCGGUAGUGGCAUAUCCUAAAAGAAGCCAGACUAGUACUACAGACAGUGACCUCAAAGAGGAAGGAAUUCAGUCAAGAAAAUCCAGCAGUAGUGCUGUUGCAGGAAGAGGAAUUGCACCAGCUAGCCCAAUGCUUGGAAAUGCCAGCAACCCCAAUAAGGCUGAUAUUCCUGAACGUAAGAAAAGUUCAGCUGUCCCUAGUAAUAAUACUACCCCUGGAGCAAUGACACGGCGCAACACAUAUGUUUGUAGUGAGAGAACCACUGCUGAUAGGCACUCAGUGAUACAAAAUGGCAAGGAGAACAGCCUGACAGAAAUGUUCGCUUACGCAGCUAGCCCUGCUUCAGUUUGUACCACAUCCUUCUCCAGUGUUCGGCUGCGACAUCAGAAGUCGAUGUCCAUGUCAGCCUCUGUGCACACGAAGAUGAUGUUGCCUCCAAUAGACAAUGGCGCAGAUAACUUCAGGCCUAUCACCAUUCCCGAUCAGAGAACUCCCGUUGCUUCAACCCACAGCAUUAGCAGUGCGACCACCCCUGACCGUAUUCGUUUCCCCAGAGGAACGGCCAGCCGGAGCACGUUCCACGGGCAGCUGCGCGAGCGCCGCACCGCCACCUACAACGGCCCGCCCGCCUCGCCCAGCCUGUCCCACGAGGCCGCGCCGCUCUCGCAGACCCGCGCCCGCGGCUCCACCAACCUCUUCAGCAAACUGACUUCCAAACUAACCAGAAGAAACAUGUCAUUCAGGUUUAUCAAAAGGCUCCCGACUGAAUAUGAGAGGAACGGGAGAUUUGAGGGCUCAAGCCGCAAUGUAGCUGUGGAUCAGAAGGACGAGAACAAGGAAGCCAAGCCUCGGUCGCUGCGUUUUACCUGGAGCAUGAAAACCACCAGCUCCAUGGAUCCCAAUGACAUGAUGAGGGAAAUCCGAAAGGUCCUGGAUGCCAAUAAUUGUGACUAUGAACAGAGGGAGCGUUUCUUGCUUUUCUGUGUCCAUGGAGAUGGGCACGCGGAAAACCUUGUACAGUGGGAGAUGGAGGUGUGUAAACUGCCAAGACUGUCCCUGAACGGAGUUCGCUUUAAGCGGAUAUCGGGAACAUCCAUAGCUUUCAAAAACAUUGCUUCCAAAAUUGCCAAUGAGUUAAAGCUGUAACAAGAAAAAAUAGUUAAGUUGUAAAUUAGUUAGCAAUUUAAAGUGUUUUUGAGAAUUCCGAUGGAAAUGUAUAGAAUAACAUUUAGGCAAUAACUUCUGCAUCCUUCUGAAUAGUGAUAUUAAAAAAAAGCUGCUGAGCUGGGAGGGAGAGUUGGACUUUUUUAUAAGUGCACUACAGCAUUAAAGUUGCCUACUAUGUAAAAUAUUACCCCUUCUGCUUUAUUUCCAUUGCUCCUAAGUCUUUGACAACAAAUUGAAACACAGAAUAUAUUCAUUUAAAUAUGCCUCCUGUUUGUGUGGAUGUGUGAAUGUACAGUAUGUGUGUAUAAUAUAUAAAGUAUUAUAUGUAAACAAUUCAUUUACAACAUCGAGCUGUACCAGUACCUCUUUUUGGGCUAAUUUUGGUGCUAAAAAUUGAAAUGGCCAAGGAGGAAACACUUGAGUUAAUAUUUAAAAUGACUGAAGCAUUAACCAGUAAACGCAGGUUUACAGUUCACUGCUGUGUUACGAAAAAAGUGUGUGAAGGGUUUGGAUUUAUGGUUGUUAACAUUAUUAGUCCUGUUUUCUAAGUAGAUCUCAUGAGAUAAUUAAAAAUUCACUUCUACUGA